AUGCAACUGCCCCACCAGAGCUUGAUCCACCACGUGAUCCAGGAUCGAGGCGAUAAGCAGAGACAAAGGAAAGUCCCAAACCAGACCAAGGACGGAUCCAUCAACGCCCUGAAGAAGCGCGUGAGGACGAUCGAGCGCCUGUUCAACAAGGGCAGCGACGUGCCGGGGAACACCAAGGUCGAACUCGAGCGGGAGCUUGCCGCACACAAGGCGACCAUUACGGAACUUACGUACCGGAAGAAGCGCAGCGAAAUGAUUAAGAAGUACCACAUGGUUCGGUUUUUCGAGCGCCAAAAGGCCGAGCGGCUAGUGAAGCAGCUCACGAAGCAGUUGAAAACGGCGGAAUCAGACGAGAUCAAGGCCCAGCUCCACGUCGCCGAGGGCUCGGCCGCCGACGAGUCUACUACCCCCACCGCCAAGGCCGCCCUCGACGCCGAGCGACCUCCCAUGUGGAAGGAGAUUGAGGAGGCUCUCGCCCGGGGUCCUCGGGCCCUCGAGAAGAUGCGCGACCGAAACCCCGACGGCGACGUUGUGGAUCCCGAGGGACUCGGAUUCUUUGGCUUCCGGAAGUGGAACGCCGGUGGCGCAGCUGCCACUUGGGCGAGAUGGCAGCAGUUCAUCCGUCGCAACAACGAAAUGCUGGCCGAGAAACAGCAAGGCCUUGACAAGCCGUCUAGUCUCGAUGGCGAGGAUGACAAUGACAACGGCGACGACCAUGGCGGCGGUGAUGAAAAUCUUGAGAGCUUCUUUCUUAUCUAA